AUGAUGACUCCCAACCUUCUUGGAGCUCUUGCUGUCUUGGCGUUGUUCGACUCGAAAGCCAGAGCUCUGGACAAUGGCUUGGGAAAGACGCCCCCAAUGGGUUGGAACACUUGGUACAACUUUCGCUGCGACUUGAAUGAGACUGUGAUUCACGAGGCCGUGGAGGCGUUCCUCGACUAUGGACUGCUCGAUGUGGGAUACGAAUACAUCAAUUUGGACGACUGUUGGCAGCUUCGACGGGAUAUGAACACGGGCCAGAUUGUCGAGGACCGCGACAAAUUUCCUUCGGGAAUGACGGCACUGGGCGAUUACAUCCAUUCCAAAGGACUCAAGUUUGGUCUCUACAGCGAUGCCGGUCUCAUGACGUGUCAACAACGACCGGGAUCUCUGGGAGUAGAAUCCAUUGAUGCGCAAACAUACGCCGACUUUGGAUGCGAUUUCUUGAAAUACGACAAUUGUUUCUCCUUUCAUUUGCCUCCUCAGCAACGCUAUCAAGCCAUGCGAGAUGCUCUCAAUGCCACUGGCCGACCCAUCUUUUAUAGUCUCUGCGAAUGGGGCGAACAAGAUCCUGCCACAUGGGCACCACCCGUGGGCAAUUCCUGGAGGACCACGCCCGAUAUUGGGCAGCGUCCCACCUGGAGUAUACUCAUGAAAAUGACCGAUCUCAAUGAGCCUCUCUGGUCUACCGCCGGCCCCGGAGGAUGGAACGAUCCCGACAUGUUGCAAGUGGGAAAAGGACAUUUGACGUUGGCGGAACAAAAAAGUCAGUUUACUUUGUGGGCCAUUAUGAAGGCACCGCUGCUAUUGGGCAAUGAUAUUCGACACAUGUCGGGGGAGAUUCUGGAGAUUAUUCGCAACAAGAAACUCAUUGCAAUCAACCAAGAUGCACUGGGAAUACAAGCCCAUGUCGUGUGGUCUUCGGAGGAUAAGGAUACAGUAAAGGGACAGCAAGUCUGGGCGGGACCACUGCAUGGAGGUGACUUUGUCAUUGUCAUGCUCAACCGAGGAGCUCUCAAUAAUGUGGAGAUUACAGUGAAUUGGAAUGAUAUUCCUGAUUUCUAUACAGAAACUACCACUGUAGUGCUGGAGGACCUUUGGAAUUCCAAAAAUGUCACUGCCAAAGGGAGUUUCACAACACAUGUACAAGCUCAUGAUGUUGCAGCCUUUAGGGCGUCUCCGGUAACGACAGCAAGCUAG